UCUCGAAUACACCAUGUUGUCUCGUCUCAAAGCUUGAUAAACAGAAGUCAGAUCUGAUGACGACUUCCUUCGAGUUUUACUGAACUUUUCGAUGUCCUUUCAAAGGACUUUUCUCCUCGUCACUUUAUUCUCGCUCGACUGAUGCUAACCACCCACACCACCACACCCACCAUGAAUCAUCUCACUUUCUCGCCUCACAAACUCGAAUCUCAUCUAAUAACCUACCUAGCGCUCAAUCUCCUCCUCACAAUUCUGAAUAAGAGAGUUCUCGCGCAGGCAAGUUUUACCCAACAAUCUAUCUUCAAGCCCUAUGAAAAUGAAAGUGCCUAAUCCUAACUCUCUCUUUCACCUGCAGUAUCCUUACCCAUGGCUGCUUACAGCCUGGCACGCAUUGUGUUCCUCAAUGGGCACAUAUCUUUCCCGCAGACUUGAUCCUAUCAACUCCAAACCCGAGCAUCUCAGUCGCAGUCGCGGGAAAAAUCAUUACAUAUUCAUGUUCUCGAUUUUGUACACGGUUAAUAUUGCUGUUAGCAAUGUAUCACUGUAUGAUCUUUUCUUUUUGACCCUUCCUCAUUUCUACCUAUUCUCGCCAAGCCAACUCAACUAACACAUCCCAGUGGAAUAAUGUCCAUAUCCGACCACCUGAUCCUACGCUCCACAAUUCCCAUCAUCGUACUCGCACUCACGCAGCUCCUCCACCUCCCCCACAAACCUUACACCCGGCUCACCCUCCUCACCCUCAUCCCGCUAACAACCGGCAUCCUUGUGACAACCCAAAACACACAAUCUCUAACACCAUCGACCAUUCCCCUCCCCCUCCUCAGCACUCUCCUCAGCAGCACCACAACCCUCACCCUCUCCCUCCUCCAAACCCAGCUCCCCCUCUCCCCUCUCCACCUCCUCCACUCCCUCGCCCCCCUAACCGGCAUCCAAUCAACCCUCUGGUCCUACAUGAACGGCGAAAUCGACGAAUUCCUCAUCAAACAAAUUUCCUCCCACAACUCAUCUCUCACUUCCUCUCCCACAGGAAUGUUUCUCCUCCUCAUAAAUGGCAUUGUUGCAUUCCUCCUCAACUUCUCCAGUUUCUCUACAAAUCGCAAAACAUGUGCGCUAACGAUGGCUGUACUGGGGAAUAUGGGAUUGGUUCUCGCGAUGGUGAUUUCGGGCGUGGCUUUGAGUGCUGCGGAGCCCGUGCUGUAUAGGUACAUGGACAUUUUUGGUGUGUUAUUGGUGCUAGGUGGAGGAUUUCUUUAUAUUUUGUGUGAGGUGAAGGCCUAGCUAGGAUGGGUGGGCUCUCUGCACACACAGUUCCUUGAAUGAGGAAUUCUCGAGAGGUCUAAAAGUCUCGAAUCUCCGAUGCUUACCAGUUCACCAGUUCACCAGUUAUAUGUUCGGGGUUUCAAAGGAUCCGGAUGGAAUCCCCCUCUCUCUUCCUUCAUCAAUCUUCAUGUUUUUGAGUAGCUCGCUCUAACCUACGUUAGCAAACUCUGAGGUUUUCGAGUUUCAUCUGUUUUAACUUACUACUUUGGGGUUUUUUGUUCUGCUUUUUUUCUUCUCUUUAGUUUA